AUUCAAAGAAAACGAAAAUCACUCUGAAAAGAAUAUGUAAUAUGAAUAAAAUAAUCAUAAAAUAAUCAUUGUCUGUUAAACUUCACUGAUCACUUAUUAUUUUCAGUUGAUGUGGUGAAAAUACAAGGAGAUGGGUCUUGUAUGUUCCGGGCCUUAUCUCGAGGCUGUGACUCAACAAUUACAUAUGUAAAAGAGCGACAAGCAGGAUUGACUUUUAGAAGAAAAAUAUGUCGUCAUUACAAUAAACAUAAAAAAAAGUACAAGGAAAGAGGAUGUGUUCCGAUGGAGAGAUAUAAAUCACUUGAUGAGGAAAUGAGAAAUAUGACAAGAGAGGGAGUUGAAGGUGGAGAAUUUGAGCUCCAGCUUGCUGCAGAUGUUCUUGAGGCUAGGAUCCUCCUUCAUCAAGAAGUGUUCACAUCUGAGGAUGGGUGGAGGCAGAAAAUCAUUGCAGAGUACUCUGGCGGAAAGAAACACACUAUCCAUUUAUUUUACAAAACCAGUUGCCAAGGCCGUGAAGGUCACUAUGAUUUACUAGGUAAGUAUACAUAUCUGCAAGCAGGUGCCUUGGCAUUUUAA